AUGAAGUGGCUAACGUUCGUUUCGCUCAUUCUCCUCCUCAGUUCUGCUACGUCCAGGAACCUGCAAAGAGUUGCACGAGAUGCAGACCAUAAGAGUGAGAUCGCUCGUCGCUACAAUGACCUCAAGGAAGAGACCUUCAAGGCAGUCACCAUGAUCACAUUUGCCCAGUACCUGCAGAAGUGCUCCUACGAUGCUCUGUCUAAGCUGGUGAAGGACGUGGUUGACCUGGCCCAGAAGUGUGCAGCCAACGAGGAUGCUCCCGAGUGCGCAAAAUCACUGCCUGCUAUUUUCCUGGAUGAAAUCUGCCAAGUGGAGAAGCUGCGCGACUCGUACGGCGACAUGGCUGACUGCUGUGCCAAGAGUGAUCCCGAGAGGAACCAGUGCUUCCUGUCCUUCAAGGUGCACCAGCCAGACUUCAUUGAGCCCUACCAGAGACCAGCUGCUGAUGUGAUCUGCAACGAGUACAAGGACAACAGGGUGGCCCUCCUGGGACACUUUGUCUAUACAGUUGCCAGGAGAAACCCCUUCCUGCAUGCCCCAGCAAUCCUGGGUCUGGCUAUUGAGUAUGAACAUGCUCUUCAGAGCUGCUGCUCAGAGAGUGACGUUGGUGCCUGCUUGGAUGAAAAGGCAGCUACCAUCAAGGAGAGAGCCAAGAUGAUCAAUAAGAAGCAGCAGCAUGGAUGUCGGAUCCUUGAAAAGUAUGGGGAGAGAACCUUCCAGGCCAUGAAACUCGCUCGCAUGAGCCAGAAAUACCCCAAGGCUCCGUUUGCAGAAGUUGUCAAAAUGGUCCAUGACACUAAGGAUGUGUACAAGGAGUGCUGUGAAGGGGACAUGGUAGAGUGUGUGGAUGACUGGUCGGAGCUCUUGCACAGUUUGUGCGCUAAGCAAGAUGUUUUCUCAAGCAAAAUCAAGUCCUGCUGCGAGAAGCCAGUUCUGGAACAGACCAAGUGCAUCAUUGAAGCAGAUUUUGAUGACAAACCUGACAACCUGCCCUCACUGGUGGAGAAAUACGUUCAGGAUAAGGAAGUGUGCAAGAGCUACGAGGCAGGCCAUGACGCGUUCCUGUCAGAGUUUGUGUAUGAGUACUCACGGAGACACCCCGAGUUCUCCACCCAGCUCAUCAUGAGGAUCACUAAGGGCUAUGAAGCACUCCUGGACAGGUGCUGCAAGACAGACAACCCUGCUGAGUGCUACGGAAACGCUCAAGAGGAACUGGAGAAACAGGUCAAGGAGGCUCAGGAUGUUGUGAACACCAACUGUGAGCUUUUCAACACCCAUGGCAAGGAAGACUUCCUCAAGGGGAUCCUGAUCCGCUACACUAAGAAAAUGCCCCAGGUGUCCACUGACACCUUGCUGCAGGUUGGGAAGAAGAUGACAGCUGUUGGGGCCAAGUGCUGCAGCCUUCCCGAGAAGAAACGCAUGGCUUGUUCUGAGCUAUUCCUGAACAUUGUGAUUGAUGACAUGUGCAAGAAGCAGGAGAGCACCCCUGUCAACGACCAGGUCUCACACUGCUGCAGCGAACCCUACUCCGACCGCAGACCAUGCUUCACCACCAUGGGCGUGGAUCCCAAAUAUGUGCCUCCACCAUUUGACCCUCAGAUGUUCAACUUCGAUGACAAGCUGUGCACUGCUCCUCCAGCUGAGAGGGAAGAAGGGCAGCUCAAAUUGCUCGUCAACCUCAUCAAGCGCAAGCCCCAGAUGACAGAAGAACAGAUCAAGACAGUUGCUGGGGGUUUCACUGCCAUGAUGGACAAGUGCUGCAAGGAGUCAGAUAUUGAUACAUGCUUGGGAGAAGAGGGUGCAAACCUAAUAGUCCAGAGCAGAGCCACAUUAGGAAUUGGUGCUUAA